AUGUCCUCCGGGAAGAAAGCCUUGACCUCGAAACUCCUCCACGCGACGAUGACGAUGAUGCGAGGAGGAGGAGGACAACAACAACAGCAAAAAGAACAAUUCGUCAAAAAAGUCGUCGUCUGUGGACGCGCCAAGCGAGGCCUCUACCACGGGAAAACGGUCCGUUUUGGAAACAACGUCAGCGAGGACGGAGGGAACAAAACGAGACGGAAAUGGUCCCCGAACGCGAAACGGAAACGAUUAUAUUCGGAGGUUUUAAACCGGAUGGUUCCGAUGCAAGUCACCGCGCACGCUUUGAAGUGCAUCGAUAAAGCCGGUGGGUUGGAUAAUUACGUGUUGAACACGCCCGUGGCGAAGAUGAUGAGUUUGAAAGGGAUGGAAUUGAAAGAGAAGAUGACUCGAGCGCUUUCGGAGGAGCGACGGCGGCGCGGCGAGGAGGAGGGGGCGAAGGAGGAUUCAAACGAGGCAGAAGGAGAAGAAGAAGAAGAAGGGGAGACGAAGACGCCGAAGCGACCGCCGCCGCCGCGUCCGAAAACAAAGUCGUAG